AUGUCAAGAGCUCCGUGGGGGAGGCAAGUGGACAAAAAUGCGGCUUGCAACUUGCAACGCUUGGGCAAAGGGGUCAACACCUCCGCUUACAAAAGCAGCGCAUGCGAUAAGGUGCUUGACCCUUAUGGAGGAGGCAUUCAAGACGGCUCUCUCAGUGCGAAGCAGGACAUCAAAGAGGAGAUCUUUGAGGAGGCUUCAGACUAUGAAUGGAUGCCGGUGGCAGACCCCGAGGUAUCCUGGGAUGUGCUCAUGGUUCCACCCGCUGGGCAAACUGAAGCAUGGGCCUGGGUCAGGCAGGGUAUGGCUCUUCCCGACAGUGACGACGAAGGGCUGGUGGUGUGGGAGGCUCCAGACAAGGAAGGCUUGCGAGAAGCUUGGAGGGAGGUGUGUGGAGUUCUCCUGGGCAACCCGAAGGAAGAAGAACAAAAUGGCAUGAUGCCAGCUGCAAAAGAGGCAGAUGGCAAAUCGGCGGCCAUGGUCAGCGAGAAAGCGGGGGGCCAUCGGCAACCUCGCCCCUCGCAAGAGGUGCUGGACUUGUGGGAAGCUGAAAUAGAAGCCUCCCUGGAGACAAAGAAGCGUCAGAUGGAUGAGGCUCUGCAGGUAGCUUCCUGCAAGGGGCCGCCCCAACUGCCCCCCGACCUGGAGCCACCAGAGGCACUAGAGGCGACUCCGACGAAUCGUGCCAAGCGAGCAGCAGUUCCGUACCAGCGUCCUGGGGCGAAGAUCUUGGGCAAGCCUGUGCCGGUUGUGCCAUCCACGCCCUCCACGCCAGCCCCUCUUCCGCCGGCAACGGGCGCGCCUGGCCCACCGGCACCACCCGUGCCGCCGCCGCCGCCACCCGUGCCGCCACCCCCGCCGGCCCCACCGGCGCCAGUGUUUUUCGGGGCAGCAGCAAAGAAGCCCACGGUGGUACCGAAGGCCUUUGCGUCGGCACUUCGCACGGAGGACAGCGUGCUGACCAUGAUUCCGAAGACGCCGCCACAGGAAGCAAAGGAGAUGCAGGCUGAAGAGUCCGACGAGGAGAGGGGCGAGCCGCCCCCUACUCCGGAGGAGCAGGCGCAGGCUCUUGGGGAGCUGACAGAGGAGGAGAAAGCCGCAGCUGACCGCUUCAAGCAGCUUCUGCUGAGUGCACAGUCGCAGGCGUCGCAGGAGAAGCCCUUUAGCUUCCAGCGGUUGAUCUCGGACCCAGCAGCGCUUUUGGAGAGCAGCAAGCUGGGCCCCACCUCGGCAAGCUACGAAAGUGCGAGGGAAGAGCCUCAACCACAGGUCCCAAAGACUGGACAUCAGCAAAGCCUGAAGAGAGGCCCACCGGAACCCGAACAUGUUGCCGACCGGCGCUCAAAGUUGGCGCUCUGUCAAUUUCUCUCCCGCUUCCUUGGGAGAGGCAUCUCUCCGGAGGAUGUGGCCUACACGACCGAAGCUGGAGAGCGCGGCUUCAGGAGUACCGUGGUGCUCAAAUGCCUCGAAGCCGCCAGCUUUCUCGGUGACUGGGCGUGCAGCAAGCCUCAGGCAGAAGAGAGUGCCGCGCAGUGGGCGCUGCGCAACUACGAGGAGACUGGCGCCCCUGCCACGAAGCGUCAGACCCCAUGA